AUGCCUGAAUUCGUCCCACCCAACGUCAAGUUCGAGAUCGACGAUUUGGACGAAGAAUGGACCUAUUCUCGUCCGUUCGACUAUAUCCACAGUCGAACGAUGAACUCUUCUAUCAACGACUGGUCACUGUACCUCAAAAAAGUUUUCAAUCACCUUACGCCAGGCGCAUACUUCGAGCUUCAGGAGGCCGACCUCUUUCCCACGUCAGACGAUGGGACCUUGAAGGAUGACUCCCCGUUGAUGAAGUGCACAGAUCUGAUGUACGAAGCUUCUGUGAAGUUUGGACGCCCAUUUCAGCAGAUCCCGCCUCUGAUUAGAAUGAUGGAAGAUACUGGUUUUGUUGAUGUCAAGUUGAAUAGGUUCAAGUGGCCGACAAAUUCCUGGCCUAAGGACCCUAGAUAUAAAGAGCUAGGGAUAUGGGCCAACGAAAAUUUGACUAGUGGUCUCGAGGGGUUCUGUAUGGCCCCUUUCACAAGAGCCCACGAUUGGACGAGAGAAGAGGUCCUAGUAUUCUUGGCCGACGUCCGUAAGAACAUGAACGAUAGGUCUAUCCACGCAUACUGGCCCCUCUGGUCGGUCUAUGGCAGAAAGCCAACAGAAGAAGAGGCCGGGGCGACGGAGAGCUAG